CCAGUUUUCAAUUUAAGAUGAGGGAGAAUUUCUUUUGGGUAGCUAUGUAUGUAAGUUCAAACUUCAAAGAACAUGCCAAAAACAUUUUAAUUUUUCUGUAGUUUUCCAAAUGGAGAAUCCAGUUCUUCCCACCUUCUUUGAACAAGAAAAACCCGCAUACUUUUAUGUAGCCAAUUACCAACUUUGUCUCUCCUUUGGACUAGUCUUACUCUUACAAUCGACCAGAUUCAAUGUACCCAACCAUUUGCUUAUUCUCUUUUCUUAAUAAAAGCCCUCCCAUUCACUCUCACCAUCCAGGUGGUUCACGGAUUUUGUGGAUGUCUUAUGAGUAUGAGUAGGGAAUGGAAUAGUCGGAUGAGACACCAUAUCAAAAGAAGUCGUCCUACUCUCAUUAGUGACUAGUCUCAUCUCACUCUUCAUUUGAUUCAUUUUGCGUUUCCACCAAUAGUGAUUCAACCUCUUCUUUUUUAUAUCAUAUUCAUUGCUGCUCAAAAUGGCUUUCACUGAGUUCAGGCCUCUGGAUGAGAAGUCCCUGAUUGAGUACAUAAAGACCGUGCCCUCUCUCUACUCUAAGCUCGGCAGUGACCUCAAGGUUAAAGAGGUCGGAGAUGGCAACCUCAAUUUUGUCUACAUCGUAGUCAGCCAUGCCGGAUCUUUCGUCAUCAAGCAGGCUCUUCCAUACAUGCGUUGUAUAGGGGAAUCUUGGCCAAUGACUAAGGAACGAGCAUAUUUUGAGGCAGUGGCAUUGAGAGAGUUGGGUCGAUUGAAUCCUGAGCAUGUGCCUGAAGUUUAUCAUUUUGAUCAGACUAUGUCUUUGAUUGGCAUGCGUUAUUUGGAGCCUCCACAUAUUAUAGUGAGAAAAGGGUUGAUUGCUGGAAUUGAAUACCCCUUGCUGGCAGAACACAUGUCAGAAUUCAUGGCGAGGACACUUUAUUUCACAUCCCUCCUUUAUCGUUCCACCAUGGAGCACAAACGUGCAGUUGCUGAGUUUUGUGGGAACGUGGAGUUAUGCAGGCUCACUGAGCAGGUUGUUUUUUCUGACCCUUACAAGGUUUCUCAAUAUAACCAUUGGACUUCCCCUUAUCUUGAUCGUGAUGCUGAGGCUCUUCGAGAGGAUAAUGUUUUGAAGCUUGAAGUUGCUGAGUUGAAAUCUAAAUUCUGUGAGAAAGCCCAGGCUCUUCUACAUGGAGAUCUCCACACUAGUUCUAUCAUGGUUACUCAAGAGUCAACUCAAGUUUUAGAUCCGGAAUUUGCAUUUUAUGGGCCUAUGGGUUUUGAUAUUGGAGCAUUUCUUGGAAACUUGAUUUUGGCUUUCUUUGCACAAAAUGGACAUGCUGAUCAAGUGAAUGACAGAAAAACAUACAAGGAGUGGAUAUUGAGGACAAUUGAAGAUACUUGGAAUCUUUUCCACAAGAAAUUCAUUGCACUUUGGGAUGAGCACAAGGGUGGUUCUGGUGAGGCAUAUCUUCCUGCAAUAUAUAACAAUCCUGAGCUUCAGCAGCUUGUACAAAAGAAAUUUAUGGAAGAUUUGUUCCAUGACACACUUGGAUUUAGUGCUGCCAAAAUGAUAAGGAGAAUUGUUGGUGUUGCACAUGUUGAGGAUUUUGAAUCAAUCACUGAUGCUAGUAGACGAGCAGAUUGUGAACGCCGGGCUCUUGAAGUGGCAAAGUUGCUUCUUAAGGAAAGGAGAAAAUUUCAUGCCAUUACUGAAGUUAUUUCAACCAUUCAAAAACUCCAGUCAUAACUAAGUUAUUGGUAAAUCAUAGUUUGCUUGAAUAUUGGGGUUUUGCGGACAAGAUUUUCCAGAUCCUUUGUAAAUGAACUUUUACCAUGUGUGUUGUAAUGUCAACAUUAAGACAAAGGAAUAAGAUUUCCUUUUAUUGCUGUU